AUUGUAAUUUUGCAGAUGCAGUGUUCAGAUUUAACAGCAACAUCUCUUACAGUGGAGUAAUACACGCCGUCACUCAAGACGGUCUUUUCUCAGAGAACAAAGAGAAACUGAUCAGCAAUGCCAUCCUGGCGCUCUUAUCUCAAGAUGUGGAGCUGCCGGGGCCCAACUCUGAGCUGGAGGCCCAGUUCCAGGCCCUCAGGCGUCUGGUGGCGUCCAAAGCCGGAUUCCAGGCCUUCACACAGCUGCCAAAGUCUGGUCCCAUGGGUGGACUCGAAGCCGCAAUGUAAAUAUUAGUCCAUAUAUCUCAGUGUGCCCCUUUUCUUUCUCAUUUCUGUCCAUCUGUCCCUCCUUUGGGUUAGUCUGA